AUGUCCCUCUUUUCACCUGCUUGUCUCGUCUUUGUUCCACAGAUAGGAUGGUUGGACGCUCUGGCCAAAGCGACCGGAGAGCCGUUCAACGAGAACGCAACCACCGUCUACACUACCGGAGGGCCGUCGAUUCGUUCCAAGUACAUAACAGCGCUCUACUUCACCGUGACCACCCUGACGAGCAUCGGAUUCGGCAAUGUUGCCCCGAAUACAAAUGCAGAGAAGAUAUUCACCAUCAUCGCUAUGAUGCUCGGAUGUGAGUUCAGAAUUUGGUCACAAAAAUUGGUACAGUUUUGUGAUUAUAGCCCUGACGUCUUGAUCUUCCUGUACACCAACAGGACUCGAAUAAGCUAUCUCAAAUCUGAAGUCAGCCUCGAAGGAAAACGAUCUUAUUUAAGGUCAUAUAUGAAAAAUAUGGGAGAUGUGCUUGCCCUAUUCCAUUUAAGAUUAUUAAGGAACUAA